GUUCUCGGACGCGACUCGGAGCGUGGAGCUGUCAACUCGGGACGGUGGCGACACGGAACUCCGUGGAACGGAGUUGGCGUGUCCGGCCAUGGGCGCGGCCACCGUGGACCUGUCGGAUCUGCGCUGGCGCUACUCCGGACGCCAGAGGCACUCGCUCUUGCUGGCCUCGCUCGGAGCGCUGCUGGGCCUCGGGGUUGCUUUCCUGCUCCUCGUGCUCGUCUUCUACCCGCACGACUUCGACAGGGCCUCGUACCACUUCACCUUGCUCAGCGUGUGCGUCUGCCUGGUCCUGGUGCUCCUCGUGUCCCUGGCGUUGCUGCCGGCAGAGACCUUCGUGUCCCGAUGGUCCAUCUGCCCGGGCCUGGUCGUCUGGGCCCUGCUGAUGGCCCCGACUGCGCUCUGGGCCAUGUCCCCCUUCGCAUCCAUUGGGCACAUGCUGCCGCCGGCCUUCGUUGCCGCCUUCCUCUUGCACACGGUGCUACCUCUCUGGAGUCCUGUGGCGGUGGCUCUGGGCCUGCUUAGCUCGGGCGCCCUCCUGGUUGGCUUGGUGGUGGUUCACCGUGAUGACGCCCCACGCUUUGAAUGCCAGAUGGCGGCCAGCGGCUUGUUCCUGUUAACGGCCACGGCAGUCGGCUGGUACCAUAGGCACAUGCGAGACGCCGCGCAGGAGCGAAGUUUCGACUCCACCCGGCAGUGCAUCGAGGCUCGAAUCAAGCUUGAGUACGAGAAGGAGCAACAGGAACAGCUGCUUCUGAGCGUAAUCCCGGCAUACAUCGCUGCAGAAGUCAAGCGCAGCAUCAUGCUCAAGAUGGCGGACGCCUGUCAGUCAUCGACCAAACGGAGCCGUCAGCGUUUCCACGAGCUCUACGUCCAGCGUCACAACAACGUCAGUAUCCUGUAUGCCGACAUCGUUAACUUCACCAGGCUUUCUGAGCAGCUCUCGGCUUCGGAUCUUGUGCAAGCCCUGAACGAACUCUUCGGUCGCUUCGACCAGAUUGCUCAGGUCUGGUAA